CGGCCACAGCAAAUGGUAUUCUUAGAUUCAUAGCAAGUGGGAGAUAUGAAAACAUAAACAUGCCUCAGUAUGACGAUAUGGAUGAACAAAUUUGAAAAUAACAUGCAACAGGUUAACAAGAAUGAGCAAAAAGAACGAGAUUGGAGGUUCAAUCGAGGAAUACGAUGUAGGGGAACAGCUGGGAAGGGGUGGCUUUGCCACUGUGUACUCUGCUAAGUGCCGCAACACUGGACAAAAUGUAGCCAUCAAGAAGAUUAACAAGAGUGAGAUCACGGCAGGUGGUCUCAUUAGCCGAGUGCGUCAGGAAGUUACUAUUCACUCACAGCUCAACCACCCAUCUAUACUCAAGCUUUAUACAUUCUUUGAGGAUCAGCAGUUUGUUUAUCUUGUCUUAGAACUUUGCACUAAAGGGGAAUUGCUGAAGCAUUUAACAAAUCUCAGAAGAGUUCUUACUGAAGAUGAAGCACGGGAAUACCUGAGUCAGAUUGUUGCAGGAAUGCUUUAUCUUCACUCCCAGUCUAUUAUGCAUCGUGAUCUUACUCUAUCAAAUAUCCUUCUUGACAAUAAUGGAAGAAUAAAAAUAGCAGACUUUGGUCUUGCAACACAACUUAGACGUCCUGAUGACAGACACACAACCAUGUGUGGCACUCCUAAUUACAUCAGUCCUGAAGUGGUGACGCGCAGUUCCCAUGGCCUUGAGUCAGAUGUGUGGAGUUUGGGAUGCAUGCUGUUCAUCAUGCUUGUUGGCCAUCCUCCAUUUGACUCCAAAGGUGUGAAGGAGUCUAUAUUUACCAAGGUUGUCAUAGGUGAUUAUAAGGUACCAAGUUAUGUCUCGACUUACGCUUGCACCUUGAUAUCAGAGUGCCUUCAGAAGAACCCAAAAGAGCGGAUCAAGCUUGAAGCAAUUCCUUAUCAUCCUUUCAUGACUGUAGGAAGUAAAGUUGAUGUUUCAAGGCUGUCUGACAGUGGAUUAUAUACCAUGACCACUGUAGCCACUACACAUUAUACUAGAACUCCACUAAAUGCCAUAUCAGAAAGUGAUUUGUCAUCUUGUGAAGACAGUGGCAGCAGUCAUUCGAGACAGAUAAUGAAACCAAGCCUUGAUCCACUACUUCGGCAUCCCUCUUCACCACCAGUUAGGAUGAAAUCCAGUCCAAGAGAACUUCUUCCUCCAAAUGCUGGAAUAAUUGAUAUUUGGAAGAGAAAAUUUACACCUUUACCAUCACUGAAGAGUGGAGGAAAUUUUGCCUGUCCUACACCACGGCUUCCCCCAUUAAUAAAGCGGGAGCGAGAUGUCUCUGAGGAAAGGAGGAGACAGCAGCUUUCACAUGAUCAACGAUACAGUUCUUCAAGUGAUGAGCAGUCUAGCUCUGUACAGUAUUCCUUUGCUCAUAAUAAAGAUGAAGCAUCUCAUCACCAUAACAGAGAAAGGAAGGACAGUGCUAGGAGUAAUUCCAGAAGUAAGGGCAAUGAUAAAAGUACAGUAGAACAAGACCGUAUUGGUGGAACUUGGAAUUCUAGUGAAAGACCAAAUAGCUGUAUCUCUGACAGACACAAUAAUGACUCAUAUAACCACUAUUCAGGUCAGCAAAGUCAAGCUUUAAGUACCAAAUCAAAUGAAAGAUAUAAUAAUCACCAAAGUAGAUCCCUUGAGAGAAAAGGUUCCUCAGAUGAUCCAAGAUACAGAUGUGCGUCAAGAUCUGGAGAGAGAUAUGAAGUUAUAUCAAGGAGCAGUGAGUUUCCACAUAGUUCUUCAAAAGAUAGGACAAACCAGCAACAUGUGAGCAGGUCUCUAGAUAAAAAAGAUAGUUUUAGAAACCAAAUGAACCAUGAAUCAUACAGUUCCAGAGAUAAAUAUAGAGAACAUUAUAGUGACAGAACUCACUCAUGCUGUCAGAGUUCACAGCACAAAUCUUGGUGUGAGAAAAGAUCUCAAGCUCCAGAGAAGGUAGAUUCAGUUUAUGGCAGUGGCAAAUACAGUGAAACUGAAAAAAGAAGUAAUUUAAAUCCUGUAAGUUCUCAUCAUAAUUCAUGCAAUGAUACCUGUAAGCGAAGUGUUAAUUCAUGUAGUAGAGGUCAUUCUGCUAGUGAUUCAAAAAAUGAACAACAAAACAAUAUUCUAAGUGACAUUCCACCAGUUGUGAACACAAUACCAGCUGUUAGUGAUGAUGUAAAGCCCAAAAAAUCAGACACUUUAGAAAAUGCUAAACAGCAACCUGGGACACACAAAAAAUUGGGCGCAGUUAACAGUCAAACCCUUAGGCAGCAAACUUCACCACUUUCUUCAAGAAGAUUGAUGAAAAGACGAUAUAGAAGUAAGAGGUGCAUCUUAAACAUCUUGAGUAAUGGGGAAGUGUGCAUUGAGCAUCUGUGUAACAAAAGAAAUCAAGAGAUGGUAGAUGAAGUAUGCAGAAUUACUCCCGAUGGAUUGAGGAUAGUUAUUUACCAGCCAAAUGGUGGCUCAGGUUCAGUGCCUGGAGAUGCUCCACCUCCAUUACCAGAUGAAGGAGCCCAAUUACUAUUCUCUUAUGAAACUCUUCCUGUCAAGUACUGGAAUAAAUAUAAAGCAGCUGCCAGGUUUGUAAAGUUUGUGAAGUCUAUAACUACCAAGAUUACAUAUUACACAGAGCAAGCAAAAUGUUAUCUGAUGGAAAAUUCACCAGAUCCAGAUUUCGUGGCAAUGUUUUAUCAUGGAACUAAAAUGACCAAAUGUGGAAACAAUUUGGUAGUCAAAGAAACAACUGGGACCACACAUACAGUGUUACUGACUUCUGGACAUAAAGUGUUGCCCGAGAUCCUGCAGCCCCUCUGUCUGCACUUCAAACAAGCUCACGAUCACUGCCUUUACCUGGAGCGAGUCUUAUCUGAGGUAACUGAUAAGACAAAAAUGGAAUGCUUUCCCAUAUUUUCGGGCAGAAGACCAGCAUCUGCUUCACCAUCAGUCUCUCCUCCUGGUAAACCACAUUCUUGGUCAGAUAAAGAAAAUAUCUCACCCACAUCCAUGCAAUCCUAUAGAUCUCCUAGAAAUAUUACAGGACAGCUUGGAUCAUUUGAAUGUUCAGUUGCCAGCUUUCAAGCAGCAAGCAAUUCUGCUCCCCAUGUAAGGAUGCCUCUCGCUCCCCACACCUCCAGUAAUAUUCAGAUAAAGCAGUCAGAUGUGAAGCGACCUGUAUCACGUAUUUAUGUACAGAAUAUUGGUUGGGCAUCACAGGGUAGCAAUGGUGAAGUUUCUGUUGAAUAUCUGGAUGGAACACAGGUUCAAGUAAGCAGCAAUUCCCCCAAAGUGAUUUUUUCAGACGCCUCUGGUAAAGCUGCUACCUACUCAGCAAAAGACACAUUACCAUUUGUGUUACAAAACAAAUUAUCUCAAAUGGAGGCUGUGUUAAUUUCUCUAGCACAGUCUCCAGCUUCAUCUGUAACGCCGCAAUCUUCACACGUGGCUGGACUUUGAUAAUAUCAGUUUAAUCAUUUACUUGUGAAUGAAUCUAUGUAAGCAGUUCUAAUAUGCUGAAUACUGUUAACAAAGCACAUAUUGCUGAUCUGACAGGCUUAAUUGAUUUAAUUUGAUAGGGGUUAUCGCAAUUACAUCUUGUUAUAGAUAGUGCGUUAGAAAAUUAUAUUUAUAGCACUAAUUGUUAUUGCAUGUUUUCAUGUUUUUUAUUAAAAGGCUCUUCCAAUAAGAUUAACUCUGAAUAAUUGAUGAUAAGAGUAACACAGUAAUCUCCUAAAUGUGAUAUAUAUUAUUAUACAUAAUAUGAUGCAGCAGAUGGCUUCAUUGAGUAUUUUUUUUUUUGAAGCUCACAUGAAUGAUAAAUGAAGUACUGUAAUAUCUAAUGCUGUUAUUUUUAACAAAAAAUAUUUUUAACAUAAAAUAUUAUGUUAAAAAUAACAUAAUAAAAAAUGCAUGUCUUCCAAAUAACACAAGAGAUUGUGGCUUAGGCAAAAAUUAUAUAAAAUAUUAAAAAAAAUAAAUGCUUGUCUUCCAUGCUGAAGAAUACAAUUGCUGUGCUCUCCUUAUAGCAGGAUUGUUUCUUCAGUAUUGUUGGGUUUAUAUUGUCAAAAAUAAUUACUGCAUUAAUUUUUGUUACAAAGCAAAAAAAUAUAUUUGAGAGAUUUGUGUGGUUUAUAAAUCAGAAUUGACACGAGUCUAGCUGUUCAUUUGUAUGCAAAUAGAAUACUUGAGACAAGAAAUACUACAAUCUUGGUAGGUUUUAAUUUUUUUUUAUCUAGUGAUAAGGACUAUAUAAUUAAUGUUCCAUGCCAUGCCCACAGGUAAUGCUCAUAACAAUGUGAAGAAAAAUUACAACAGCUUCCAGGAUAGUCUUCCAAUAUAUUAUAUUUUAUAAUGAGGAUUAAAUAAAUUACAAAUAGUAGUAAUAUGUGUAUCAGACAUUCUUCCUGUAGUAUCCUCAAAAUGUUUAAAAGAGCUUUUUAAAUGUGUUUUAUGUUCUUGUUUACUUUUCCAGAUAAUGUAAUGUUAAACUGAAUCUUAGUCAAAUAUAUGAUUGCUGUGCAUUUGACACACAACUGU